AUGGCCCACGCCCGAAUCUCCAUGUACCUGCCCCCUGACGUCAACCCCACCCAAGCUGCCAUUGCCUAUGGCUGCCGGGCCCUGCCCAAGCUGAAUGAGGAGCUGCAGUCGGAGGACCUCCAGACGAGGCAGAAAGCCCUCAUGGCACUGUGUGACCUCAUGCAUGACCCCGAACAUGUCUAUGAGGCCAUCAAGAUAGGCUGCCUGGAGAGCCUGAAGGCUCUGCUGAAGGAUGGUGACCACAUGGUGCGGAUCAAGACCACUGAGGUGUUCUACAUCAUGGCGACCCAUAAUGUGGGCAGGGAUGGCUUUCUAGAGCACGGUGUCAUCCUGGCCCUGUCCUUCCUGCUGAAUGACCCCCAGCCACUCUGCCGGGAGAACCUGCAUCUGGCCUACAAGCACCUGGCCCAGCUGCCCUCAGGGGCCCAGGGCAUCGUCAGCAGUGGCCUGAUCCCCUCGCUGGUGUGGAAGCUGCAGAGGGAAGAGGAGGAGAUUCAGCAGCUCAUUCUGGACACGCUGGCAUCCUGCCUGCAGGAGGACGCUGCCACUGAGGCGCUGGACAACCGAGUGGUGCCCUUCCUCAAGCAGAUGCUCCUCAGCUCCAACAAUGACAUCCGCAGCAAGGCUGCCCGCACCCUCAUGGCUGUCUGCAUCCCUCUUGAGGGCAAGAACCAGGUGUGGCAGUAUGACGUGAUCCCCAUCCUGGUGCACCUGCUGAAGGACAAGACCGAGGAGGUGCAGGCCAAUGCUGCUGGGGCCCUGAUGUACGCAACCAUGACCACUGAAGGAAAGUACGCGGCCCUGGAUGCCGAGGCCAUCACCCCACUGCUGGAACUGCUUUGCUCGUCCAUGAGCAAGGUGCGGCUUAAUGCAAUCAAGGCCCUCACCAUGCUGGCUGAGGCCCCUGAGGGCCGCCGCUACCUACAGGCCCAUGUGCCCACCUUCCGAGUCAGCGAGAAGGACAUCAACCAAGCCGUGCAGCGGGCAGCCCACAUCGCCAUCAAGGUCAUUGAGUGGAAGCCCUGA